AUGCAACAGCCCACUUAUGACUAUUCACAAGGUGUCAAACAUGCUAGUGUUUCUUCAAGUGUUUAUUCGCCAAUUCAAUCAGAGUUUGUACCUGAGUCAAAUGCUAUAAUGGAAGAGGAAGAAGAGGAAGAAGAAGAAGAAGAAGAAGAAGAACAAGAAGAACAAGAAGAACAAGGAGUAUAUGAAGAAUAUGGAGAUGAAGAAGAAAACAACAACAACAACUACAAUAAGAAUGGAGCAGGUAAUGCCAAUGCACAGCACCAACCAAGAAAUAAUAUUGACGAAAUUGAAGAAGCUAGUGCUACGUCAGAUGAAUCAGAUGGUGAAGGGGACGAUGAUGAUGUUGACAAUGAUGGCCGAAAUGGGCUUGUUGCCGACAGGUCGACCCAUACCAUUCAAACAUUCAUGACUGCAAAAACACGAUUGAAUGACGGAAAUAUCCCACAAUCUACUCCUACAGGUAGCAGGUCUAGUUUGACAUCUUCAACGAAUGAGAGCUUAACCGAUUCAACAAGGAUAUUGGAUACUGAUGCAACUCCCAUUCUCAAAAAUUCAGCUGCAAAUAAUGACAAGACCCCCAUUGUAUCCCCAGACGGAUUUAUUCAAAAUGGACCUGAGGAGUCAACGGUAUCCCUUCCACAAAGGAAACUAUCCAAAAAGUUCAAAAGACUUUCAAUGAAAUUACAAAAUGCAACUGCAUCGGAGAAUUCAUCACAAUUUAUGAGUAAUUUUCAGCAAAAUAUUGAACGGGCAAAUAAUAAUAUGAAUCAGAAUAGAACCUCGAAUAGCAACGCCAAUGGUAACCCCAAUAGAACAAGCACGUACUAUACCAAGAUCAAUGAAAGGACAGGACAGGAUAUUCACGACAAACCAGAACUGUACCAUCCUCAUAAGCCUCACUACGAUACCGAUGAUGCAGCAAGCUCAGUUUUAAAAAAUGACCAACAUUCGGAACUAAGUUCUGUAAGUAGUAGAGCAUCGAGCACACGGAGUGGAAAUUUUAGUAACCAUGAAGAUUUUGACGACAAGUCCUCUACAUCGUCUACAAAUGUCGCCUGGAACAAUAAUUCAUCUAGCUACAAUUUAAGAGGGUCAUUGGUUGGUGGUGAUGAAGAAGUACCUGUUCGAAGGGAUUUAAUUGAAACACCAACAAAAGACAAAUUUAAACUAUAUAACCAAUCGAAUGGUAAUUUAUCUGAACAAGGCGGUCUUAAUAUAAUUUAUGACCAGAAUAAAGAGGUGCCCUCAACAAAAGACUUGAAUCCUAAAAGCAAGUCUGUUGAUCUUACGGAAGAGGAGGACGACUUGUCGUCAUUGUUUAUUCGGGCAUUGCAUGCAUUUGACUCAUCAACUUUACAAUCAGAAUCGGAUUCUUCUAUAUGUUUAUCAUUUGCCAAAGACGACUUGGCGUUUGUGCAUACAAUUGAUGACUCAGGAUGGGGUGAAGUCACUCUCAUUGAAUCGUUGGAAAGGGGGUGGAUACCUAUGAACUAUUUUACAACAGCAGUUGCCGAUUACGAUUCCUCUGAAGACGAUGACGAUGACGAUGACGAUGACGAUGAAGAUGAAGAUGAAGAUGAAGAUGGUCAAGAAAAGGAGGACAGUGAGGCCUUACCAAACAGCCACUACAUUAAACCAUUGUUUCAUGCUUGUGGAAAGUUUUUGAUGAAUCCAUUGAGUCACCGAAACAGAAAGGGUCGUUACACAUUCUCCAUUCGUGCUGUCAACUCAAUCAGAGAUGGUGUUCGGGUCCUUCUCCAACAAACAGACUGCUUGUCAAGGUCCAACGAAAUUGUCACCAAGAGACAAGUUGUUCGUAAAGCUCGUAAAGCACUACUUGCUGAUUGGUAUAAUCUAAUGGUGAAAGCUAACGAGUACAAAGGUACAUCAAACUUCAACAAGAUUGAAAUUCUAACGUUGAUGGUGUAUCAAGUGACAAGAAAGGCCACCGAGUUUUUGGAGGUUUGGUCAGUGGAAAGCAAACAAAUUGUGAAGCGUGCCAAUGAACGAAAAUUGCAUGACGAUUUAAACAAUUAUCCUCUUUUGGAGGAGCCACCGUUGGCCAAACAACGAAUUACUGAAAUCAAUGGAAUUUUGUACUCGUAUUUGGGGUUGAUUAUUGGAAGAAUGGAUUUGAUUGAGCACAACCAGGUUGGGUGUGAAAUCUUAGAGACUUUGGCUCAUCAAAUAAUAUUACUACUUCGAGAACUCUUGUUUAUAUCCAAGACGGGGUCGGACUUCAGCUUACAGAAGCCGGACGAUUUGGACAAUUCGCUAGACGGGUUAUUAUCAUUGGUCAGUGACUUGGUUACAGGUGUUAAGAGCUUAGUGGUCAAGACUAUAAAUGAAGGUGAUGUCAGUGGUGUUAACAAUUUUGAUGGAAAUAGAGAUUACUUUUACACACAAGAAGGGGGAAACUUGCUUCAAGUGGCAGCCAAGAUGAUUAAAGCUGUUGGAUACACUGUUGCAUCGGUAAGGAAAUUACUUGAUAUAACAGGCGACUUUAAAUUGAAUUCAGAAAGAUCUUACCCUGAUUACUUGAAAAUGCGGAUUGAACCUCAAGAUUUUGUCAGACGAUGUAUGAAGGGUGUUAAACUAGCACAAAGAAAGCCAACGGAAAACAUUCUGACAGUAAGUAAACCUUAUAAGGCCAACCGUUACUCGAUGAUCAGAUCAGGUAAAAGUGGUGCGUUGGGAAUCACCGAAAGUGGACAGAGCUUGUUGCAACACAUUGAAGAUUCUCCAUUUACGGCUUCGGCUGCUGAAUUUGAGCCAUUUACAUCUACAUCGGGUGACUCGAGUAAUGACAAUGCCAACCUCAAGAAUGAGCUCUUGACAGAUAAGAACGGGUUCUUUCUUGGUGGAUCGUUCAAGGGGUUGGUUUACACGCUUACAAACGACGAGUCGCCACCAGAAUACUUCUACGUGUCUACCUUUUUCAUUUGCUUUAGAAACUUUGCCAACGGUAUGGAUUUGGUUGAAGAGUUGAUUGCUAGAUUUGAAGCCAAUCGUGGACAAGUUGACGAUAUAAAUAUUGCAUUGAGGUUGAAAAAUCGAAGGAAAUUGAUCGUUAGAAUGUUUCGGUUGUGGAUGGAAAGCUAUUGGAAUCAUGAUUCCGAUUAUAGUCUUCUCACAACCAUGGUUAAUUUCUUCAAUGAAGGUGUCAGUCCAAUCUUGCCUCUUGAUGCACUUGAGUUGAUUGAAAUCGGGGCCAGGCUAUCAACAAAUCCUUUAAUUGAAAAUAGGGCCAGGCGCAACAAACCAAAUAAGCAGUUGGUGGAAAGAAAUAUUGUAUUGAAAUCUAAACUGGGCCAACUGGAUUAUCGUUCUUUAAGUGAUGGCGACUACGACUUGUCAAGAGUUAACUCGAAUGCAUCCAAUAGUCAGUCGUUGCCAUUACCAUCAGGUGCCACACCGUCAGUUUCAUUGCUUACAUCAGCUCAGACAACCACAAUUGAAAAGAUUAUCAUGACUUACAGGGCCAUUUUGAAGGAUAGCUGGUGUUCGUCAAAGUAUUUGGCCACAUUCAAGCCAUUGGACUUGAGUAAUAUGUUGUCGCAUUUUGCCAUUGUUUGUGAACAAAACUGGGUCUUGUCCAAUUACAGACCCAAUCUCUUGGACUUUAAUGCUUUGGAAGUUGCCAAACAAUUGACGUUGAUCGAAUCCAGCAUCUUUUGUUCCAUUAAACCCGACGAAUUAUUAAACCAAAACUUUACCAACAAACGAGCUCAUUUGAGGUUAUCCACUAAUGUCAGAUUAUCACUUUUAUUCACCAACUGUUUAUCCAAUUACGUUUUGGAGUCAAUAUUGCAGCCAAAUAUAUCAACAAAGGAAAGAGUCAAUAUACUCAAAGUGUGGCUUAAAGUUUCAAUUUCGUCGUUGUAUUUACGAAAUUUUAACAGUUUAGCAGCAAUCAUCACUGCUCUACAGAGUCACUUGAUAACCAGGAUUGAUGAUUUAUGGACCACUUUGCUGCAGAAAUACGUCGAUUUGUAUCAAUACUUGUCUUCCAUCAUUAGUAUGGAGAAAAACUAUUCAACUUAUAGAAACAAGAUUCGCAAUUUAUUAUCAUCAGGUGAAACAUUGCCUAUAGUACCAUACAUCAAUCUAUUCAUAUCGGAUAUAACCACAACAACUGAAGGAAUCCCGAAAUAUGUCCCAUCCCAAAAUUUCUUGUCAAGCAAAGUAAUCAAUUUCCAAAAAUAUUCCAAGCUUGUGAAGAUAAUAGCUGAUUUACAAUCAUUACAAAAUCCAUACAGCCUUGAGAACCAAACUGGUAGCCUGGCGGAAUAUAGGGUACAAGAAUUGCCGUCGUUACAGGAGUUGAUUUUGUUGGAGCUCUGGAAGGUGAAUAUUUUGCACAAAGUUGAUGAUGAUCGGGGGUGGAAAUUGAGUUGCGAUGUAUUGAAAAAAUAG